CCAAGUGUGUGUGUGUGUGUGUGUGUGUGUGUGUGUGUGUGUGUGUGUUAAUGACCAUUGUCUUUCUUGUGUGGCCACUGCAUGCUCUACCACCAUGUCAGCAAGUGACUUGGGACCAAAGUCCAACCUCCUAUGGCGCGUGAAGAUUUCAGGAAGUGACUUUUAAGGAACGUGUGGAAACUGAGAAAUCUCUGUUAAUAAGGCGUGAGUUUCAGACAUGGAGAUGGACUUUGUGAUGCUGUGCACUCUGCUGGUAACCAAUGUGACACCAGCGUCUGCUGCCGCACAGCCUGGUAUCAUAGAGAGCCUCCUAUUGGCCACCGUCAAGCGACCCUGGCUCUGGGGUGUCUACGUCUUUGCUGUUGGACUUCCGGUCAUUCUCUUUAUAAGCUUCAUGUGGCCCGACAAGAGGUUUGGACCCCCUGAUCAACAGUAUUACUAUAAGAAGUCUGAUGAGGAUCAACCAGACGAUCCGGAGUUCACACAGAGCACAGAAUCAGUGGGUAACAAAGGAAAGGCUGACAGAGCUGUAGCACGGAGGAGAGACACUCAUGGUAGCCAGAGGAAGUCUGACUUAGACCUGAAGGAUCAUUGAUCAGUGCAGCGACCUCAGGAGAGGAAAGCAACACCAACACACAGGAGGAUGCCGAGCAAUCUCAUCCAUGGCCAGUCGUUUUUAUGACUGAAUACACUGUAAACGCAACAGUGUCUGAGCACUGACUGUAUUGUGGUUUUGCUUAACUGUCAGAUUUGACUUUUUAAAAAUAAAAAAUGUAUCUCAUAUAGGCCUAAAAUUAAACAGGUAUCUAUUCAAAUGUAUUAUUUGCAGUGUGUAUACACUAACAGACCAAUAUUAAAUAUAUUGAUCUUUGCUUAUCAGAGUAUUUCAUUUGAAGUUGGAAUAAAGGGUGUGGACUCCUCAGCUUGUCCUCUAGUAGAUCAUCAAAUGUUAAAUUGUACACAACAUUGUCUCAUGAUGUCAGGUGUGUCAGCUGAUUGGAUAAAACUAGUUUUUUCACUUUGACGAUAAAUGUUAUUGAAUUGUGCUUUUUCAUGAAUCGUCAUGAUCUGAUAGUGACCUCCACGCAUACUCAGUAUACUUUAACUGUGCACCAAGUCUUGUCUUUGUGAUUUGGACCUGGUUUGGAUGUUAUUCUGGCAUGAUUGAAACAACACACUCAGAUUAACCAUUGAAGCCAAGGAUAGUUUUCAUAAUUUGUCAAGGGAAUAGUUAGACAUUAGGCUUACUUAUGUGUAUUUGCAUUUAAGUUUUACAUCAUAAGAUUAAUGACUCUCAUGUCGAUACAAAACUAACACCAGCUCCAGAUUAGCUUAGCAUAGCACAAAGACUGGAAGCAUGAGCUAAUGGCUAACCUGGUUCCAACCUAAUCGGCAGAUCAAAUUUUAGCAGUGCACAACUCUAUAAACCAUGGUUUGAAAUUUUAUGUUUGAUAUGUUGAAACUUUCUUUAAGUCCAAACACUUAGCUGGUUCAGUCGCCACAAACAAAGUGUUCUGAUAUACAGUUAUCUAGUAAUUAUCUUAUUAUCUAGUAGUUACCUAGAUAUAUCUCGUAAUUUUCACGCUUAUGAGUGUAAAAAAUGACAUUUAAUAUCGAAAAACACAUUCGAAUUUGAAUGGAGUGGAUGGUGAAAGAGUUACAGGCAACAUGGCUGCCAGUUGUGAUCGUAGGUCUAUGUCUGUGUUUCAACAUGCUAAGUGUGACACUUCUAGAUAUCAUAUUCUUGACAGGAAGCUGGAAAAAUAAAUCUCCAGCCGUGUUCGUGGUGACCAAAACCUGUAUUAUCUAACCCAAAAUAUGAGCUCUCAUACCCCUAACCAAGUGGUUUUUGUGCCCAAGCCUAAACGGAGCAUAGGCACAGCAGUGUGACAGCAGGAAAAUUAUGUUAAUUAUAUCAGGAUUAUGUCUACCAGGAGCAGUUUUGCUCUCAAGUCUCAUUGUUAUGCUAAGCUGAGCUAACCAGUUGCUUGCUGCAGCUACAUAACAGUACAAACAUAAGAGUGGUAUCAAUCUUCUUAUCUACGUCACUCUAGCCAAGAGAGAGAAGACGCUUCCCAAAAUGUUGCCCUGCUGUUAUGAGUGCAGCUUCACUAUCUGUUCGGCAAAUGAAAGCCUGUCUAAUUUCUUGGGUGUAAUUAACAUUGCCCCUUCAUUUUGAAUCAUUUACAAUAACCAACAGCCACAUGAGUCAGACCUGCUCCUUUGUGAUCCUUUCAGAUAAAAUGUCUCCCUCUGCUCCGGGGCUGUUCAGAGCUGACCUUCAGUGCUGGCAGCAUGUAUUUGAGAUGGCACAAUGCUGCUCAUCAACAAGAUGACUACUCGAGUCUUUUAAUGACACUCACAGAGGACACUAGCUGGAUAAGUGGCCAUUAAAGAAGAGGAAAAUCAAAGAAGAAGAGACACGCAAGGAAAAGGAGAGGCGAAGACAGAUGGCAGAUCACAGACAGAACCGAGGAUUUGAGGAUGUUGUGCAGCACUUGUUAAAGCUCUGUUGGUUGUCUCCUCUAAUCAGUGGAAUUGCUUGGAGGAAGAUUGUUAGAAUAUUUUCACAUCACCUUGUGUUGAUGGAACAAUGCAGUUCCUCUAUCAUAUUUCUUUUUGUUCUGUUCAAUUACAUAAAACUGAAAAAACAGAUUUUCCCGUAAGUGCUGCAACUUUUGGCGAGUGUGCAUCUGCUUCUUGACACUCCCCGCAUAUUUUGUAUAUUUUAUGACUGUAGAGAAUCAGGUAUUUCAUCUGUUUUUUUUCCUUUUCCUCUGGCGCAGCUUUCUUUGGAUCCAGGUGUGGGGAACAUUUUAAAAAUGUAACACGCUCACGGCAAAAAUAAACGAGAUUCAACUAAACUCUGGGAAGUAAAAGAGUCCCUCUGUCUGGACGUCUGAUCACAUAGUUUUGUGCUUUCUAAACAAGAAGAAGAAGAUGGGAGGCCAGCUGCUGCUGCUCAUAGGACUGAUGGUCCUCACAGCUUGUUCACAACCUGUUUGUGCGUCAGACAGUUGCCGUGAGGAGGUGGCUCGUCUGCGGGAACAGGAGCUGCUUCUGCAGGGCCAACUUCAGAGGCAAGAAGUCCUCCUACACAGAUUACAACUGCCGAACCAACCUGGCAACAAGGACACAGCCGUAUCCAACCAGAGCAAGGACACCCAGUACACAGACUGCUCCCAGCACUUCAGUGCUGGCUCCAAAUCCAGCGGUUUCUACCAAAUCAAACCCGACGGCAGUCCUGCUCCAGUCAAAGUCCACUGUGACAUGAGUGAUGGAGGUGGUUGGAUUGUCAUUCAGAGACGGAUCGAUGGAGCAGAGAAGUUUAACAGGUCGUGGGCAGAGUAUAAGGAUGGUUUUGGAGACACGGAUACAGCAUUAGGAGAAUUUUGGCUUGGAAAUGACAACCUGCAUUACAUCACUACACAAGGGAAUUAUUCACUGAGGAUUAACCUGGAAGACUUUGAUGGUAACCAGCGCUACGCUGAGUACAAGAACUUCAAAUUGGCCAGUGAAAAGGAUCACUACAGACUGACCUUUGGAUCAUAUGUGGGCACCGCUGGAGAUGCUCUGUCUGGAAGUUACCAGGUUGGUGUGUCAGGGUGGGCCAGUCACCAGGGCAUGAAAUUUAGCACCUACGACCAGGACAACGAUAACUACGACGGAAACUGCGCCCAGGAGGACAAAGGAGGCUGGUGGUUCAACAAGUGUCACUCAGCCCAUCUUAAUGGCAAGUACUACCCUAAUGGGCACUACAGUGGGCCUACAGAUGACGGUGUAGUCUGGUACCCUUGGAGAGGCUGGUGGUACUCCCUGAAGACCAGCGUCAUGAAGCUGCGGCCCGUCGACUUCAAAAUUGACCCCGCUGACGACCCCAAUGCCGUUCACCACACACCACCUUCCUAGAUCAUACAUGAGCAGAUAUCACAGCUACUUAGCUUAACUAUUUUGAUAAGAAACAGCUUUAGUUCUAAUUUCAAAUCACACUAACACAUAAAAUCUCAUCUUGUAAUCCUCCUCACACACUUAGCAUUAAUGAACCUGGUAACAAAUGUGCUUUCUGUGCUGUCCAGUUGCAUUUUCUAAUUUAGUUUUAAAAGAAAUAGUACACUUUGUUAAAUCUUUAAAGCUUUUAGUAGCUUAAAAUAACAUGCUUGUAAGAGGAUUUGUGAACGCUAAUGGCUGUUUUAGAGACAUGACUGUUGUUAAGGGAAGUGGGCUGCACACACAGCUGUCUGUUUUGGUGGAGAAAAGGGAAAUCUGAUGUCAGCGGGUGUGCCAGACACAGGCAGAAACAUUGAACUAAAGGCUGUGAAAGGAUCCAUUAUCAUGUCACUGAAAAUGGCUGUUAAUGUAAAAGUAAAAGCAAGCAGCUGAGCCCAGAACUGAGAGUACUGCACAAAUGUUAUAAAGAUGACCAUGUAUUGUCUAUGCAUGACAGAUGAUUUGAAAUGAAAGAAUGCGUUCACGUGACUGAAAGCAAAGAAUGGUACACAACAACGGAACUAUUUCGUACAAUGUUAUAAGUGAAAUCAGAUUUAUUAUCAACAAAUCCUCCUCUGAACAUACACACAGUUCUGUCUCUACCAUUUGCGGUAUAACCAUAAUUCACAAAAUAAAACAAGGAAACACUU